ACAGACGCAGAGCCUCUGAGCCUCUGAGCCUCUACCGCUGAGCACGUUCAUACACACACCAUGCAUGCAUGCAUGCAGGAUGACGAUGAUGCCUUCUAAGGCAAGACAAGAGGCGUCUCGAUGAUGAACGGGCUGACGGAUGAAGGCCAUCUUGACAUCCAUCCAUCCAUCUAUCCGAUCAUCUGGGAAGGGAGGGGGGGAAAAGGCCACCUGGUAGCCGAUGCUUAUGAUGGCUGACAUGGAGACGGACGAGAGUCCGAUGAGUGCAUCGACCUCCGAGGUCCGAGUCGGGGCUGAGUCGGAAAAGGAGGAUGUGGCCUCGGAGACCGACUGUGCCAGUCCACCACACACUGCGGAAGAACCCCACUCGUUGAAAGAGACGAAAGUCCCGGGGAGCACGGACCCGGCCGCUGAUGUUGGCUUGACCAAUGGCGGCUCGACGAGUGGGGGUGAAGACAGUGUCAGCGGCCCCAACGAAAAUGGCCAUCACGACAGCGAGGUCAGUCCCUCGGAAACGUCACCAGACGAAGAAUCACAGAAUGGCAGUCAGACCGAAGAUCACGAGGCUAAUGAAGGGUCUCAGGCCGCCGCUGAUAAGGUUCCCACCGACGGGGAAAACGCUUUCUUGGAGGAUGAAGACGAUGAGGACCUGGAUCGAGAAGAGGAAAAUGACGAUGUCCAGCCAGCCAGUAAUGAUGACGGCAACGAAGAUGACGACGACGAUGACGAGAUCCGUGAAGUGGCUGUGGUCAAUGGCGGCGGCCAGAAAAGUUCGUCGUCGCGACGGAAAAGUCCCCAAAAGAUCCGACCUGAUUUGGAAGAGGACGAAGAAGACAUGGAUGAGGUUGAGGAUGCCAGUAGUGACGAGGUCGAAGAGAUCCAGGACGAUGACGAUGAUGAUUCUGACAUCAUGGAGGUGGAUGCCGAAGAUCCAUUGGGCGAAGGCGAGGUGAAUAAUGACCCGUCUGUGUCUGGUGGGUCCAAUGUGGUCACCAUCGACGACCUAAAAACCAUUCAAAGACUUGCCUCGUCCGCUUCCAAGAAGAACUCUGAGCGCGAUGCCGUCAAGAACGCGGCUAAAACGGGUGAUGAAUCCGCUAACGUGGUCAUGAUCGACACCAACUCGAUACUUGCGGGGAAAGCCACUAGUGGGGUCACCAUCACCCCGACCCACCCCAAAUCAACCCAGGGAAGCCAUUCCUCGUCAGAUCUGAGUGGUCUGAGCUUACCCUCGGGUGUGACCAUUAGUCAGACAUCCAAAAACGCGGCUCCAGAGAGCAACAACAGCAACAACGCCUUUGCCCCGGACAAAAAGGGACAAUUAAACGAUCCAAACUUGACGGAUGACACGUUCGUGGUGGAAGCGCCUUCAUUCAUCGUGCCCUAUGUGUACGAAAAACCGCCCAAAGAGACCUUUGACGUGUUCAAAGAAGACAUUCAGAAACUGACCCGAGAGAAAGCGAAGGAAGAGGAAGCGAAAAGGAAAGAAGACAAGAAAGACGACGAUGACGAGGUAGAUAUUGUCGAAGUGCCGCUCGAGAAAGAGACGCCCCUUCCUAAAAAGAAGCCAACCAACCCGAAUUUCUUCGAAUCCACCCUCGGCAAGUUCUUCACCGACCUCGGGAUGAAUCUCGUUCAAGAGGCCGUGCAGACCGACUUGCUCAAGGACCAGAUUCGACGCAGUCAGAAAGAUAAAAGUGCGGCAGUGAUGCACGCCAUCAAGUCCCUUCGAAUGAACCUCGAGAGCUCGAAAGAGGCCAACGAGCCCUUCCGACAGAGCUUGAAAAAGUGCCGGUUCUGCUCGUUCCGCACCGAGUCCGAUGUGGUGCUUCAAAAUCACUUGGAAACCCCCCACAUGCGACAGUUCAUGUACCGCUGCAAUUUCUGUUCAUUCGACACCAAGUUGCCGCAGGAUGUCCUGCAACACAUGUUAACCCAGCACGGCGUCAAAGGCCAUCUGGAGCGUGCUCCGGGCAUUCACCAGUGCCCUCUGUGUCCGUUCGAAGACAACAUGAAGGGCAAGCUCACCCGCCACAAGAAUAGCUGCGAUAAGCGAUACCGGCCCGAGAAGAACCAGGACGCCCCUCUGGAUUGGGAGCCCCCAGCUAAAAUUCCCAAGCCUCAGAUGAUGCGUCGACCCGGUAUGAUGAACUCGCCCAGUGGUGGCUUUGUGGGUGCAGGCCCUCGAGGCUUUGCUCCCGGCGCCAUGAGACCCAUGGGAGGACCUCGGUCAGGAUACCCGCAAAUGCCGCAACUCCAAUUUGGCCCGCGAGGGCGAGGUCGUCCGCCCGUGGGCAAUGCUCACAAACUUGACAUGAAACACAUGCGUCCGGGCUUGCCGAACUUGAAUCCACUUGGAGGGCUGGGAAAGGCUGCCAACAAUCCACUCCUGAAAAGCUACAUGAACAAUCAGGUGAUGCAGGCCCUUCAAGGUCCUCAACGCAACUUGAUGCCCGGAGGGCGGAACAACCUUCAAGGCAAUUCUCUUUUGUCGAGUCUCGGCUCGAACUCGUCGGUAACAAUUCAGAGUGUUAAUCAGCGCUCCGGUCACAAUCGGUCGAGCACAACCCCCAGUAUAUCUAUUACGCCUCUACCUGGAAGACAACAGAAUACCGGAGGAAGUGGAAGCGGACCCAUCCGACACCGUCCCACGUCGGCCCACAACUCACCAGCUUCAUCCGGUGGCCGUGGAGGCGGGGCCGGUUCGGCAGCCAGUGCCACUGUGCCUUCGGGCGCGGGCAGCAAGGGCAAUUUCGUCAUCUGCGAAAUUUGUGACGGAUACAUCAAGGACCUGGAUCAGUUGCGCAACCAUAUGCUGUGGAUUCACAAAGUGAAGAUACAUCCCAAGAUGAUAUACAAUCGUCCUCCGCUCAACUGCCAAAAGUGUCAGUUCCGGUUCUUUACGGACCAGGGUCUGGAGCGGCAUUUGCUGGGAUCUCAUGGCCUGGUCACGGCCAGCAUGCAAGACCUGGCCAAUAAAGGGCAGGACUCGGGGCGAUGUCCAGUGUGUGGGAAAGUAUUUCAAUGGAAACUGCUUAACCACGUGGCAAAGGAUCAUCAGAAGACCCUGAAGCCAGCCCACCUCUCCUACAAGUGCACUGUGUGUACGGCCACCUUCGGGCAGUAUAAGCUCUUUGAGAACCACGUCUAUCAAGCGCAUAGUGGGGCGGCGAAAAAGGCUGAUCGAGCCAAGCAAAUGGCGAAGGGCGGUUCUGCAGCCAAGACGGGUCCAGUGAAAGUUCCCCAAGACAUCACCAUCAUACCCAAACCAGCAUCCUCCAACCCUGACAAGAGAAGCACUGCCUCUUCCAAACGCGCAGCAUCAGACGGGGAAACUGGAUUGCCCGCAAUGGGUAUGACCUCAAAAAAAGCCAAGCCCUGUCGUGAGAAGGAGACUGGAUUGGCCAAAUCGCAUAUUAAUGAUAACAGGGAUGACAAAGAGGAAAUCCAAGAGGUACUUGACGAGGACAGUGAUCAAGAGGGUGUGGAAGAGAUCCAGGACGAGGAGCCUAAAGACGAUUGAAAGCGUGAAAAUUCAUCGUUUUCUUUGUACUACUCAGUUUCCACAUUCUCUGCGCAUUGUUGACGGGGUACUUUUAGUUUGUAUUAUCAUUAUUCUUAUUAAUAUUCAUAUAUCUUACUCCCCCAAAUAUACUGUCCUCCAAGGGCUUUGGCUCUGUGAAA